AUGAAAUUCUCAACCGUCUUCUCCGCGGCUUUCUUUGCUACUAUUGCGGUGGCAGCGCCCGCCGCAGAGCCCCAGCCCCAGGUCAUUAAGCGGCAGGGGGGGCCUUGUCCUGCUGGUCAGGAUGAGGUUUCCGGUCUCGUAAGUGGCUCUGGGAUUCUCCUAUCGACGCUGGACAUGAUGUAUACUGACUAUCCGGGUACCGUCAAGUGUGUGAGGGGCCCCGUUAAGCGUCAAGAGCCUGAGGAUCUUUUGGAGUUAAUUGCUUCUCAAGGACAUUGA